UGGGGCGGCUGACGGGUCCAUCAUGGCGGCCACGGCCGCCUCCACCGCUCUGAAGCGGCUGGAUCUGCGGGACCCUGCGGCGCUUUUCGAGAGCCACGGCGCGGAGGAGAUUCGCGGGCUGGAGCGCCAGGUUCGGGCCGAGAUCGAGCACAAGAAGGAGGAGCUGCGGCAGAUGGUGGGCGAGCGGUACCGCGACUUGAUCGAGGCGGCCGACACCAUCGGCCAGAUGCGCCGCUGCGCCGAGGGGCUGGUGGGCGCCGUGAAGGCCACCGACCAGUACUGCGCCCGCCUCCGCCAGGCCGGCUCGGCCGCGCCCCGGCCGCCGCGGGACCCGCAGCCACAGCAGCCGUCCCAGGAGAAGUUCUACAGCAUGGCUGCCCAGAUCAAGCUACUGCUAGAAAUUCCUGAGAAGAUCUGGAGCUCCAUGGAGGCCUCUCAGUAUCUCCACGCCACACAGCUCUACCUGCUGUGCUGCCACCUUCACAAGCUGCUCCAGCUGGAUUCUUCUAGUUCCCGAUACAGCCCUGUCCUCUCCCGAUUCCCUAUACUCAUCCAGCAGCUGGCGGCGGCCAGCCACUUCCGGUCAGCCAUCCUGCAUGAGAGCAGGAUGCUGCUCACAUGCCAAGCCGUGUCCGACCAAGCUGUGGCCGAGGCCCUGUGCUCUGUGAUGCUCUUAGAAGAGAGCUCUCCGCGCCAAGCCCUAGCGGACUUCCUGCUGGCCAGAAAGGCAGCUAUUCAGAAACUGCUCAACCAGCAGCACCACGGUGCUGGUGUCAAGUCUCAGAUUUGCUUGUUAGUGGAGUUGCUGGCCACCACUUUGAACCAAGCUCAUGCCCUUUUCUACACUUUACCGGAAGGUCUGCUGCCAGAUCCAUCCCUGCCAUGUGGCAUGCUCCUCUCUACUCUGGACAACGUCACCGGCCAGCAUCCUACUGGAAAGGGCAUUGGUGUUCUGCAGGAGGACAUGAAGCUGUGCAGCUGGUUCAAACACCUGCCCGCGUCCGUCGUCGAGUUCCAGCCGGCUCUCCGGACGCUUGCGCGUCCCAUCAGCCAGGAGUACCUGAAAGACACGCUGCAGAAGUGGAUCCACAUGUGUAAUGAAGACAUUAAAAAUGGGAUCAGCGACCUGCUUAUGUACGUGACGAACAUGAAAGGUCUCGCGGCGAUCCGGGAUGCCAUGUGGGAGUUACUUGCCAACGAGUCGAUCCAUCACAGCUGGGAUGUGAUCUGUCGGCGGCUUCUGGACAGGCCUCUCUUGUUCUGGGAGGAUUUGAUGCAGCAGCUGUUCCUUGACCGACUGCAGACUCUGACAAAAGAAGGCUUUGACUCCAUCUCCAGUAGUUCCAAAGAGCUCCUCACUUCAGCCUUGCGGGAACUUGAAAGUAGCACCAGCAGCUCCACUUCAAACAAGCACAUCCACUUUGAGCACAACAUGUCUCUCUUCCUCUGGUCCGAGAGCCCCAGCGACCUGCCUCCCGACGCUGCCUGGGUCAGCGUGUCGAACCGGGCUCAAUUUCCGGGCAGUGGGCUCUCCAUGAAAGCAAAAGCCGUUAGCCCUUGUGUACAGAGCUUCUGUUCUGCCCUAGAUUCGAAACUGAAGGUGAAACUGGAGGACCUCCUGGCUUACCUUCCCUCUGGCGACCCGUCACCCCCCAAGGACGUCUCCCCCGCGCGAGCCAGGCACUGUGCCUUUGACAGACACGCAGACGCGGGGACCGUGCAGGAGAUGCUGCAGACGCACUGCGCGGCCUGUGUCAGGCGCAUCACGGACUGCGUCCGGGCGGAGCUGCAGAGCGCCCAGCAGGCUAUGCAAGGGCAGCAGGGCGCUCUCGACGGGGUCCGGCUACACUCGGUCCUCUUCGUGGCCAGGCUCUGCCAGUCACUGGGAGAGCUGUGUCCCCACCUGAAGCAGUGUAUCUUGGGAAAAUCAGGGAGCACCGAGAAACCAGCAAGGGAUUCUAGGGCUCUGAAGAAACAGGGGAAGGGCAAAACUCAGGAAGUAGUUCCCAUGCAGGCCAAGUGGCAGGAAGUGAAGGAGCUCCUCCUACAGCAGAGCGUGAUGGGCUACCGGGUCUGGAGCUCGGCGGUUGUGAAAGUUCUGGCUCAUGGAUUCACCCAGUCAUUACUUUUAGAUGAUGCUGGCUCAGUCCUGGCCACGGCCACCAGCUGGGAUGAAGUAGAAAUCCAGGAGGAAGCAGAGUCUGGCAGCAGCGUCACGUCCAAGAUCCGACUGCCUGUCCAGCCGUCCUGGUAUGUACAGUCCUUCCUGUUGAGCUUAUGCCAGGAAAUUAAUCGGGUUGGAGGCCAUGCCUUGCCCAAGGUGACGCUGCAGGAGAUGCUGAAAAGCUGUCUGGUUCAAGUAGUAGCUGCCUAUGAGAAACUCUCAGAAGAAAAACAGGUGAAGAAAGAAGGUGCAUUUCCAGUGACCCAGAAUCGGGCACUGCAGCUGCUUUACGAUCUGCGUUAUCUCCACAUCGUUCUGACGACCAAGGGUGAAGAGGUGAAAAGUGGCCGCAGCAAACAGGACCCCAGAGUUGAGAAAGUGGCUGACUACCUUGAAGCGCUCAUUGACCCGUUUGACCUGGACGUUUUCACACCGCACCUCCACGGCAACCUCAACCGCCUGGUGCAGCGGACUUCUGUUCUCUUUGGACUGCUGACGGGUACAGAGAAUCAGUUCACCCCCAGGAGCAGUACGUUCAACUCCCAGGAAGCCCAUAACAUACUGCCUCUAGCAUCAAGUCAGAUCAGGUUUGGACUUCUUCCACUGAGCAUGACAAGCACUCGAAAGGCCAAAUCAGCCGGCAGAAGCAUCGAAACCAGAGCCCAGUAGGCUGCCAUCCGUUAAGCCUGCGGGAGUCCUCCUGGGUAUUUCUGAAGUGUGUUGUGUACGCAUGUGUCUGAGAGCUCCAACAGCUUGCCUCCUUCCAGCAUUUAAUCCUUGUUUACUUUCUGAUUAGACAAAAUAUUCGCCAGGUAUCCUUUCCAUAUUCCCUGCCAUCAAACCCAGUUAAGAUCCAAAAUCCUCGUCAAACAUCUGGUUUUAAAACUUGGGAGAUGGUAGUAAAAAAAAAAAAAGUUUUUGCACAAGCCUCCCACUCCGUAAGCCCAGGCCUGUGCUGUACCUUUCCCCUCACAACUCUCCGUUUCUGCUUCAAGUAACUGACCUUUCAGCUCUACCCGCAUGAGAGGAACAAACCAUGGAGAGAAGGUACACGUUUACCCUCUUCCUACAGUCCUCAGCUUCAGAUUUUACUUCCGUCACGUACUAAAAUCCCGUUCUGCCCGUGUCCUUGCCCAAUCUGGACUAAGCAGAGUCCCCUUCUAGAGCUGUCCGUGCUUCUCAGAUCUGCUGUGUGUGCCGUGUGGACCCCAAGCGGAGUGGAGGGCGAGCAGGCCGGGGGCCCAGUAGACGCUAAGGCACUUUCCUCUACGUACAGCGGCAGGCUGCUGUCCCCCCGGCGCUCUCCCGAGCCGACGACCCGACGCACGCUGGCUCCUUGUUCAGACAGCUUGUCACCGAGGAGGAAGAC